GUGAGCGGAGCCCUGGUCCGGGGCCCCGUAGUCUCCCGCAGCCUCUCAGCCAUGGGCGCCGUCUGGUCCGCCCUGCUGGUCGGCGGGGGUCUGGCGGGAGCGCUUAUCUUCUGGCUGCUGCGGGGCGACCCUGGGGCCCCGGGGAAAGACGGGGGUGCGGAGCCGCAGAAGGACGCACCUCCAGGGGAGGCUGCGGCUCCGGGAGGCGGUCCGGGUGGUGGUGGCAGUUGCGGCCUGAGCCCUGGACCUUCCGAGCGGGUGCUGGUCUCCAAACCAGAGCAGCUUCAAGAAAGCAAUGGACAUUUGAUUUCCGAGACCAAAGAGCUUGGUCACCUGCAGGAAACACAGAGACUGCAGAAUGCUGGAGCAGAUUGGGGCAGUGCCGGAGAGUAUGUCCUCGCUGGAAAGAGUCCAGACACGCACUCCAGUGCCAACCCAGAAGAGUCAAGGAAUCAGAGACCGGAAGCUCACGGAGGAGAAUGGAGACACAGCAAAGGACAAGAAACAGCUGGGGGCACGGCGGAGAAGCUCCCCUCCUGCAGCCCCCUCAGGGACAGAGCCAAAGCAGCCGGUCCUGCACCUUCCCUCAGUCAGGACCCGGCAGGCCCCGAGGACUGGGAGGUGGUGUCCAGGCACUCAUCGUGGGGGGAUGUUGGUUUGGGUGGCAGUCUCGAGGGCCUAAGUCAGGGAAUGGAUGAUGGCAGAAGUACUCUUGUGGGAGGAAGAGGCUGGGAUGCAGGCGGGAAGUCGGUGUCUCUGGACCGGCAGCAGGUCCGCGUCCAGUUCCAGGUGCACUACACCACAAGCACUGAUGCGCAGUUCAUUGCAGUAACCGGAGACCAUGAGAAUCUUGGGGGCUGGAGCACAUACACCCCACUCCACUACUGCGAGGACGGGCUGUGGUCUCGUUCUGUCUUCCUGCCUGCGGACACAGUGGUGGAGUGGAAGUUUGUGUUGGUGGAGAACAGGGAAGUUACUCGCUGGGAAGAGUGCAGCAAUAGAUUCCUGCAGACUGGCCGUGAGGAUAAAGUGGUUCGCGGGUGGUGGGGGAUUCACUGACUGGCUGUGCAAAGCACCCCGGAGGGUGCAGCGGAAUGUGCGAGAGGCUAAGGCGGUAGAGCACACUGCAUAAUUCAAAGGCAGUGUGAUUCCAUUUGUAGCCAUCAGAAUUGCUAGUGUGGCUUUUGUCCAAAGUGUAGGAAGAUGUAUGCAUGCAGAAAUGCUUCCUGGGAGCUGGGCCUUUUCCCUUGUUGCACUGACUGGUUUGUGCUGACACAUUACUUGAGGGACUGAUUGCCCCUGGGUAGUUGGUUGGGCUAAGAUUGAGGUAUGGACUAUGGCAGGGAGAAACUAACCAACUGCACAAGUACAAGGUGGAGCCUGUAGGAGCUCUUAGGGUAGGGAGAUGACAGUCAGCCUCCUUAGAUACAGCAACAGCAACAUUGUUUACAUUUAAAAAUAACACCAUAUGGAACUGUGACCAGUCUGAUCCGAGUGACACCGGAAGACUCCCCGUUAGCUUUUGUUCCACUUUAAACGCCGAGGUAGGGGCGGAAUUAGCAGACCUGUCUUUGUCUUAAUGGUUUAAAGCCUAAGCAGAGUUGCUCAGUCACCCAGGAAGUGGGGUGGGGGUGAGGUGGUGAGGUGGUGAGGUGGCUUGAAGGGUUUACUAUGCUUCUUUGAGGACUGGGAGUUACAGGUCGGAGCCUGGUUCCAGCAAAGGGUGCAUGUGUCCUUUACCCACAGUGCCCUGCCGGAGCAUGUCUGUUCACUUCCCCGUCCCACUCCUGCCAGGUCUCAACUGAUGGGCUAUCCUAGAGAAGUUUUUCCGCCUGUCAGCUCCUCACUCUCGCUUCAUACCCGUGAGUGAGAAUCUCUAUAGGACCAUGAUACAGAAUACCACCUUUGCUCUGAGAAGAAAUAAUUAUUAAGCUUUAAGUUAUAACAGAAUAAUAAAUCCUGAGUUGUAUUAUCUUUA